UAUGCUCAAUGACACCAUUCGCUUAGUUGUAUUUUUUCGCCCAUGCGUCUACCUAGUGUAUUUGCUGCCAUACUACCAAAAUUUCCAUUACUGUUAUGUGUGCCGCCUUUUCUUCUGUCAGUUUUCAGUUUUUUUUCGUCCGCAAAUAAACAAAUAUUCAUCAUUGAAUCCGAGUCGGUAGACGUUCAUUUCUUUGAUUUCUAACAUUUUUUCGUUGUUUUUGUCCCCAAUUUAUUUGUAUUCUUAUUAUUUCCAUAAGAAUUGUGUAAAUGCUUGAAUAGUAGCCGACAACAGUGCAUUACCAGCAAACAAAGAAGUAAUUGAAAAAAUUCCCGAGCAGCAUUUGAGGGAAAGCAACAAAUUACUAUGGCUAAAACUUGGAAAAUAUGUCGAAUAUGUCGUACGGAAAAGAAUUUAAAAUUUACAAAAGCACAGUUGAGGGAAUUCAACAAGAAGCAACGGCUAUCGGCCCAGGACAUUCAAGGAUCGGUGAAUGAUAAAGCGUCAAAAAAGCUGUUAAGGACAACUCCUACACUGGGUAAUAUCUGUAAAGAUUGUGAUAUACGUGUACAGAUAUUCCAUCGUUUGGACGAUACCAAUAACAAAGGUGAUACAAGUGACAUUGAAGUCGAUGUUGAAGACGCCACUGCCCCAAACAUACUGCCAACGCCACCUACUGAUAUUUUGCCAACAUCGCCCCUAAAUAGAGCCGACACGCCGGUAAUUGUGGAUGAUGAUGUUAUGCUUUAUGACUUGUUUAUGCAAAAAGUCGAUCAACAAAACCAAAAGACACAGGCAAAAGCUUUACAUGAUCCCAAAGAUCAGCAACCCUAUAUCAACCAUUACAGUUCGCAGUAUACGCCACCACAAUCAACCGGUGGCAGUGAGGGUGAUGACGCCAAAAUGUUGGAUGUCUUGACUUCCAGAGAAAGCACACCCAUAGCUCCGGUUAUUAACACACCAGAAUCAAGACCUUCACUGCCGCCAGACAUUGUAGAUAAGCAGGGUCAUCGUAUUGUGGCCAUUAUAGAUCUUGAUGAUGAUGACAGCAAUGUCCAACCAAAGCCGGCACAAGAAGACUUGCCACUACAAAACCCCACAACUGCUGCGGACCAUAACAGUCAACAAGUUGUUGUAAUUGCCCAGGCAAUAAUUCAAACAGAAUGUAACAAUAACAGUAACAAGGUAAUGUUAACCCCCAUCAAUAGUACCACUAGCAGCACCAGUCACGUAAAUUCCACCAAGUGUGAUGACGCUGACGACGAUGACGAUGAAAAGAUUGUAUUUCGUCGUGUUGAGCCUGACCAAGAACAAACAUCGGCCAAGAAGAAAAAACGCAAAAGUUACGAUGAAAAGCAGCUGCGUUUAGUUGCCAGCUUAAGUUUGGUCUCAAGCGACAGCGAAACCGAAGAACCUCCUAGUAAACAACCCAAACUUAAUCCCAAAGUUGUGGUUGAACAAACCACUUCAUAUGCCUGUAGUGAAUGUAAAAUUAAUCUGCCGGAUGCGGAAAGUCUUAGGGUACACAAGGUAACGCACGAUGGCCACAAAUGUCCCCAGUGUAAAUUGGGCUUCUCCCAGGAAAAACGUUUAGUCCAUCAUAUGCGUUAUAAGCAUCGCAACUACAAUGGUCCGGUGUUAAAGGAGAAACCUCGUGCUGCCCAAGAUAGCGCCAUGACAAUACGCCUACGCUACAUGCAGCGCCUGACGUUUUACGAAUGUCAAUUGUGUGGUUUAAUCGAUGAGGUAUACAAGGAACACAAAGAUCACAUCAUCAAAAAACAUCCGGUGGAAUCAAAAACCCUGCAAGAUCCCAUAAUGAAAGAGUUGAAAUGUCCAUUAAGUUGUAAGUGGACUGGUAGCCAGUAUUUGGCACUAUGUCGUCAUUUCCUGGAGAAACAUGAAUUUGGUCAAUAUAAAAUCCAUCUCAGGGAAGUUGUGCAUGCCAGUUCGUUUGGCUGGAGUGCCAAACGACAGCAAGAGGUGGCAAAGACGGCACGUAUUUAUCAAUUUUCCAAAAGAAAAUCAUUCUUUUUCCAGUGUAAAAUUUGUCAAAAAGUUGUGGCUGGCUAUCCAAAUCAUGUCAAGCAUUUAAAGGAGAACCAUGAUAACAAUAAAAAGGAGGUGUCCGCCUCGUCUAAAGAAAAACCAUCUGCAGACAAGAAACAUGACAAGAACAAGAAGUCCACAACUCCUGCCGAAGUGGUGGAGAAGAAAAAAUCCAAACAAAAUACCAAAACUGGUAGCAUAGUUAAAAAAUUAGAAAAUAGUACAAAAAAGAAAGAAAGUACCAAACAAACGAAACAAAAAGAUUUAAAAUCUUGUAAAAAAUCUCCAGUCUCUAAAAAAUCUCAAAAAUUAGAUAAUUCUAAAUUGUUAACGAAAAAAUCUGCUGCUGUUCAAAUGAAUUUAACAAAACCCAAGAUUAAGGACUCGGCAAAGACCAAACAAAAGUCAUUAGAUACCAAAACAAAAAAUACCAAUACUACUUUGUCCACGGCGAUGACGACGACAACAGCAGCAACAGAAUCGGCAAAUGGUCAUAACAAUGAAAAACAAAAGCCGAACGCUGCUGGCAAAAGAAAACGCAAAGAUUUAUCAGCAUCGUUAAAAUCUCAGCUGAAAAUUGUCAAAGUAAAAGCCCCCGUCAAACAAAUCAAAUUACAAAGCUAUACAUGUAAUUAUUGUAAACAAUCCUUGAAAGGUUUCCUUCCCUACAAUCGACAUAUGUGUGAAGAACAUGCAGACCAUGAAUUCCAACAAUGUGAUAAAUGCCAUGGAAUGUAUUUGAAUGGCUCACAUAUUGAUGAACAAUGCUCAAAUCUGAAACUAACAAAUCAACAAAAAAGAAAAUUCCUAAAGGUCAUUAUUGGUGGUGGUGGUGAUGGUGAUGGUGAUGAUCGUAAAAUAGAAACGUCGGCAGCAGCCUCGGCUAGCGAACCAGAUGUCAAUUGUAAUUGGAGGAAAACGCUUGAAGACCAAAAUCGUGAUGAGCAACAACAAAAAGUGCCUGAAUGCAAAAAUGAAACUAAUUUACCUGUAGUAGUAGAGAAAGAUCAAGACAAUGUAUUACCAAAAACGACAACAACAAUAACACUGCCACCAACUGAACCACCCCUGUGGCUAAGGGAUUUAAUGAAAUUGAAUAGUGGUAGUAGUAAUUUAAACAAUACUGCAUCUUAAUCACCGGGCGACAAGGAAGUAUGUUCCAAAAGAAAAAUUCCUCAAUCAUGUUCUUAUUGUUUGCAUCUAUUCCCAUUAGCUAACAAACGACACAACAAGACUGCUAAACACACCACCACCACCAAUUCUUUGCAAAAUGAAGUAAUUUUUUUUUUUUAUCAAAUACACAGAUUUUACUAACAAAUCCCAAUAACUCAAAAACUUCACUAUAUAAUGUGCCUUAUUCAUAAAAAAGAAACGAAAAAUUUGAAAAAAGUAUUUUAUGAAAAUGACCCUUUUAGAAUGAAAAAAAAAAAACUGAAUAUUUUUUAUGAAUAAGGUUUAAAUGAAAAAAAAAAUACAAUCAAGGUAAUCGAAACUCCCAGGGACAUUUUCCCAUAUCUUUUUUAAUUAAAACUAAUUUUUUUUUAAGUUGAAAAACAUUUUUCUAUAAUAAUUUUUGUUGUGAAAAAUUCUUUGGGAAUAUUUCCGGUUGCCUUGACCAAGUAUUCAUGGUAUUGAAAUGCAAAUGUAUGUAUAUAUGUUACACAAAAAGAGAAUGUUUAAAUUAGUUGAUAUUAAUUUUUCAAGAAAAUGUUUCAAAAAUUAAAUAGUUUUUCUCCCCCUUUUCCCCAAAUUCGUGCAAUUAGAAAAGCAAGUUGAAUUUCCGUUAGGUUUUUUUUCAUAUUGUUCAAUAUAUAUGUUGUUUUUUCACAUUAUAUAAAUUAUAAAAGUCAUGUUUCGUUUUAGUCAAAGUCCUGUUAGCUAUAGAGUGCCGCACGGAUUUAGCUUAUUAAAAGAAAACUGAAAAAGGCUUAAUGGUUCCAGACACUGGAGAUGUUUUCCUUGUACACCUAGAAAUAGAAAAUGUAAAAAAUUGCAUCGUAAUUCAAUAUUUCGGCAUAAAAAGAACUGGUUUUAAACAGUCAUCCCACAUUGAAUUUAUUUUGCAAAAACUUAAAAGUCUCGGUAGAUCGUAAGUCCUUCUAUACCCUAAGAGAAAUGAUCAAAUAACUUACAAGUGGAUCUCAGCAUUUUGUCUGGAGGUGUUUCAAUAUUGCAGGAAUGAAAGGGCCUUACAUUGAUCCAUAGGUCGAAGUAGUGAGUUGAACAUUAUCGGCAUAAAAAGAACUGGUUUUAAACAGACGCUCAAAUUGAAUUUAUUUUGCAAAAACUGAAAAGUCUCGGUAUAUCGUAAAUCCUUGUAUACCCUAAGAGAAAUGAUCAAAUAACUUACAAGUGGAUCUCAGCAUUUUGUCUGGAGGUGCUUCAAUAUUGCAGGAAUGAAAGGGCCUUACAUUAAUCCAUAACUAGGUCGAAUUAGUGAGCUCGACAUUAAAACAUUUCUGUUUGCAAUACCCCAAAGAUUUUACAAAGUUGGGGAUUUUAAGCCACUUUUUUUCAUUACCCAGCAAUCAGUAGGUUUUUCAGGUUUAAUAAUCUACAUUGAUUUUGAUUGAUUCCGGUAAAUUCGAAAGCUGUAAAAAUGUCCCUGAGUGAUUUGAUUCGAUGUAAGCAUCACAUCAUCAAAUACGUUUCGGUAAAGUCUGUAGAAUUUUCUGCUAGCCAAUAUUUGGCUUCUGUGUUGUAAUUUUCUAGAAAAGCAUGAAUCUGUAUAAAAUCAGUCUGCAGUCUCUUGUCCUUUUUUUACAUUUUCUUCUACCCAUCAAAGACUGCAUUCAGGAGUUUUUUUUCCUACAAAAACAACAUUUAAUUUAAACGAUUAAAAAGAUUCAAUAAUGUUCAGAACCGCUUGACUUUAUCCAUGGAACCGGAGCACAUCAUCAAAUACGUUCCGGUAAAGUCUGUAGAAUUUUCUGCUAGCCAAUAUUUGGCUAUUGUUUCGUCAUUUUCUGGAAAAGCAUGAAUCUGUAUAAAAUCAAUCUGGAGUCUGUUGUUCUUUUUCUACCCAUCAAAGAUUGCAUUCAGAACAUUAAAUUUGAUUGAUUUGAGAGAAGCAAUGAUUUUUAUAAUCGCGACUUCACUUUCCAAUUAUUAAUACAGCAACUUGACGCCAUUCUAUUCGUCCCAGCUUAGUAAACAGGCCAGUAAAAUCACAAAAAAUACAUCAACCCAUCAAAAUCCCAUUAAAUUGCAAUUUUUCUGGCAUCCAAUAAUCUGGAGAAGCAUUAAUCUAUUCAAUAUAAAAUCAAUCUGAAGGCUGUUGUCCGUUCAUUCAUUUAUUUUUCGUACGUCAUAUAGAAGCAGGACCUAACACAGAUCUGAGGCCGUAUUUUGUAACUUUCUAAUAACUUUACUUUUUAUACCCUACACCACAAGGGUAUUAUGUCUUUGUGCAUUUCUUUAUAACAGGAAAAAGGAAACGAGAUAGACUCAUAGUUGCUUUUGAUGAUCUGCAUAGAAGAACAAUAGAAAUUGAAAACUAUUUAAAAAAAUACAUAAUUUAAAUUUUUUCCUUUGAAUUCAUUUCGAAAAAAGGGGCCAUGCAUUUAUUCAAAUUACCGCUGAUUCUUAAGUUGCUUACAUUAAUUAAAAAUGUUUGGUCUGACUUCCAAUUAUCAUGCUUUCAAUCAGAAUUGCAUUUAAAAUCUCUUGUGUUCCAGAGAAGUAUAUUUAAUUUCAUUGGAACACUUAAAACUUUAAAUUCCGAAUAGCGAGAACACAUAUGGCAAUGUAUGCGACUGACAAUUUAAAAUGAAAUGGAACGUUGUGCAACAAUUUGAAGUGGAUACUAGUUAAAUUGAUUUUUCCAAGAUAUCAAAUCUUUCGCAUAUAAAGGGUCUAGGAAAAAAUCUCUAGGCAUCAAGAGAAUCACUGGCAUCAUAAAAGUCCACCUAAGAGCUUUACUUGAUGUUUUGAUGACCAGCUGUCGUUUUUAUUCUGUUAAUAUUUUGGGCAGAUUAGAUUGUCACCAAAAAAUUAUUACAAUAAACUUGUAGUUAUAGACAUAGUACAACAAGGAGGUAGAAAAGCUUCGUCAAACUACAGAAAUACAGCACUGAGACUAUGCCCGCUUCCUGUCAGAAUUAUUCAAAAUUGUAUCUAACAAAUUGUUUUCAUUUAUUUAAUUUUUUCAGUUUUUAAUUGAUUCAAUUUGUGGGAAAGAUGAAUGAAAUGCCUGGAUAUUCUCUCAAAAUUACGAUCCUAUGUGUUCAAUCUCUUAAUUCCGUGGCAAAUCUGGUUAAUAUUAAUAAUGUGCGCCCCGCAAUUAAAGUUUCUACCAAUCAUUGAUUUUAAAAAUAUUUUUUUUUUAUUUUUCAAAACAAUUAAUACAUACACAAAAUUGGCAGAAGUCGGGGGCACACUUAGAAAAAGAAUUAUAAUCAGCUGGUUGCUCUACCUUACCUCUUUAUUGUACCAUGGUUAUAGAUCAUCAAGGAUGAGCCCAUAAAACCUAUCAGACUGUGUUCUGUGUUAGAUCGCUUCUCUAAAUCAAAUUUUACGUAGAA